AAAUUUGCACUUAGGUAUGGUUUAGCAAUGUGCCCCACACACGGCUGGUUGAAGAUAAAGGAGGACAAAAUUGGAUAUCUAGGGAGAAAGAUAAGUUCAAAUUUCCAGGUGGUGGGACUCAAUUUAUCCAUGGAGCAAAUGAGUACCUAGAUCAAAUUUCCCAGAUGGUUCCAGAAAUUGCAUUUGGUAAUCGUACAAGAGUUGCUCUUGAUGUUGGAUGCGGUGUAGCUAGCUUUGGUGCUUUUUUACUUUCACGGAGCGUGAUCACCAUGUCAAUAGCUCCAAAAGAUGUCCAUGAAAAUCAGAUUCAGUUUGCUCUUGAACGUGGAGUACCUGCAAUGGUAGUAGCUUUUGCAACUCAUCGCUUGCCAUAUCCAAGCCAGGCAUUUGAUCUAAUUCAUUGUUCAAGAUGCAGAAUAAACUGGACCCGUGAUGAUGGGAUUCUGCUUCUUGAGGUCAACAGAUUGCUCAGAGCUGGUGGUUACUUUGUUUGGGCAGCACAACCUGUUUAUAAGCAUGAGGAAGCCCAACAAGCGGCAUGGAAAGAUAUGGAGGACCUUACAUCUCGUGUUUGUUGGCAACUUGUGAAGAAGGAGGGCUACAUAGCAAUAUGGCAGAAGCCUUUCAAUAACUUGUGCUACAUGAGUCGCAACUCUGAAGUCCAGCCUCAACUUUGUGAUUCAGAUGAUCAGCCGAACAAAGUUUGGUAUGUUAGCCUAAAAGCAUGCAUUACUCGCCUUCCUGAGAAUGGAUAUGGAGCAAAUGUUUCUUCCUGGCCUGCUAGGUCUCAUGAGCCUCCACAAAGACUCCAAGAAGUUGACAUGGAUGCUUAUAUAGCAAGAAAUGAUAUUUUUGAGGCAGAGUCUCAGUACUGGAAUGAAAUUGUGGAGGGCCAUGUUCGUGUUUUUCAUUGGGAACAAUGGAAAUUGCGAAAUGUAAUGGAUAUGAGAGCUGGAUUUGGAGGGUUUGCGGUUGCACUAAUCAAUCAAAAAUUUGAUUGUUGGGUAAUGAAUGUAGUCCCAAUCAGCGAGCCAAAUACAUUGCCAGUGAUUUAUGAUCGUGGCCUUAUAGGAGUGACCCAUGACUGGUGUGAACCAUUUGACACAUAUCCAAGAACUUAUGACUUUUUGCACGCAUCUGAUCUAUUCUCUAUGGAGCAGAAGAGGUGCAAUAUCUCAGUCAUUUUACUGGAGAUGGAUCGGAUCCUCCGGCCAGGUGGGCAUGUACUUAUUCGUGAUUCCAAAGACAUCAUAGGAGAGAUUUCGGACAUCACACAGGCUAUGAACUGGAAGACUGACCUGCGUGACACUCCAGAAGGUCCAUAUGCUAGCAGGAGGUUAUUGAUGUGUGACAAGCCAUUCUCCUAGAACUUUAACUCUAUUUGUUGGAAAUUAGAUCUGCAAGAGCGCAUGUUUUUUCUAUUCAAUUGCUUUGGCGGCACUAUAGGAAACAACAUUUUCUAAAACUUGAUAUAAUGUGGUAAGCUUCUAUAAAUUGAGGUUUACAACCUGUAAGCAUUACACCUUGAUGUAGUCAAUGAGAUUUUCACAAAUUCUUACAA